UUACUUCGUCUGCCUAAUUACCAGCAUCGCAAUGCCGGCUUCCUGAUGUGAAUUACUCUGCACAUCUCAGCGAUUUGAGUCGCGUUCUUGUCGGACGCGCCCAUCACGCGAAAUCGCGAACUACAAUCUUAGAGCGACAUAUUCAACUCCAUCUUUAUUCCUAGUUUCUAAGCGUCGUCAAUCGCAAUCGGGACCUGACAGUCAACCUCGGACCACAGUGCAUUCGUUCCUUACCUUACCCUGAUAUGUCUUUCAUCAAACGCGAAAGGCAUGUGCCGACCAGGAUCGAGACGGACGUCCUGCUUACGUCCGAAACGCCCGUCCCACUUCCUGAAGUUCCCCCUCGUCAAAAAUGGCCUCCCAUCCUCUUGCCACAGUCCCAAACGCCAAUUACGCCGAACACAGUUUCUCCAGACUCCGCCAGCAUAGCUCAACUUGAGUCUUGCUUGGAAGAAGUGGCUUACGGGGCAUGGCUCAAAUUGGCUGUUGGAAGUUCCUCUUCGAACGGAUAUUGCUACAGUAGAGCAAAAAGGACGCUGAAUGGAUGCAUUCUCUCUCAGAAGAAACCUAGGUAUUUGGUUGGCGAGUCGAGCGCUAAGAAUCUUGCAAGGAGAGCGUGCUGCGCUCCUGUGAGUACACGCUCCUUCGUCUUAUAUUCAUUCGUAUUAGAAAGCUACUUCAGAACCAGCUUACUUUUGUCGGGGGAAGAAGAGACAGGAUAGCUAGGAAGGAUAAGAAUGGCUGGAAAGCCUGGAACGCCUGGAAAGCCUGGGAAGGCUGGAAAGGAAAGGAUGUUUUCAAGGUCAUCUCCAAGUCUAUAGCAGACUCAGCUCCCGCGUGUGCAUGUGAACCCAAAUGUUUAGAAUAUAUAGAGGAGGGAAUUGUUACAGUAGUCGACUAAUUUCAGCCUGAGUGUUUCCGC